CGUGUGCACGAGGGGGCGGGGCGCCGGCCUCGCGCUCCCGCCCCCAGCCCCUAGCCCCGCCCCCGGGCGUGACCCCCGGCGGUUUGCUCCGCUCAGUGGAGCAGACCCGGGGAGGCGUUGGGUGGGGCUGAGAUGGGAAGAAGGAACGCUGCCCCUCGACGGUUCCCGCUCCACUAGCCCCUGGGCCGCGAUGCGAGCGUGGGUCUUAGUUGCCGCGGUGCUCUGGUACCUCCCCCGAACUGGAUGGCAGCGUUUUUCCGAAGUCACUAAAAAAGGCUUCGUUUAUGGCAAGACAGCGCACACAGUGAAAGUAUAUGUAGAAUUACAUCAUCAUAGCCCAUUCCUUGUCUGUAUGGAUAUAAAACAUGCUAGGAAAGAAAUAGUGGACCCCACCUACUCAUGGAUUGGGCCUAAUGAAAAGCCAUUAAAAGGAAACUAUCGAAUGAAUAUAACUGAAACAGGAAAGCUGAUGGUGAAAGAUUUUCUGGAGACUUUUUCUGGACUUUACACAUGUACUUUUUCUUAUAAGGUCGUCAAAGCACAAACCCAAGUAGAAAAGACGGUGAAGCAAAAAUAUGAGUUCAUGAUGUUUGCCUAUCGGGAACCUGAUUAUUCGUAUCAGAUGGCUGUACGUUACACCACAAAGUCUUGUGUAGGAAACUAUAAUGACCUGUUUUUUAGAGUGUUGAAGAAAGUCUUGGAUAAUUUAAUCUCCGAUUUGUCAUGCCAUGUCAUUGAUUCAUCGUAUAAAUGCCAUUUGGUGGAAGUUCCAAAACAUGGCGUCAUAGCUGAGCUAUUUAUAGCUUUUCAAGUUAACCCUUUUUCACCACAGUGGAAAAGUGCAUGUCAAAACUCUGCUGACUGUGAAGAAAUUACUAAUCGUAACAUCCUCCAGGCAAGAGACCGAAUAGCAGAAUUUUUCCGGCGGCAGGCGAAUCUUUUCUACCAUGAUCCUAGUAAAAUUCUCCCCGCUCUGCACUUUGUGGACCACAGCUUUGAAAUGGCACGUAUGGACAGCUGCCGUCCGGGCUUUGGGAAAAGCGAAGGCAUGCAUAGUAACUGUGCUACGUGUUGCGUGGUUUGCAGCCCUGGGACUUUCAGCCCUGACGGUGAUGUCACUUGUCAGACCUGCGCUUCGGCCCACACCUACGGAGCUAAAUUGUGCCCCCCGACAUAAAGUGCAGCACGAAGACUGGAGAUGCAGGCCACACAGUUUUGACUGAAGAGCUCUAAUUUAGGUGCCGGGAGCCCACCUAAUUUUUGUGGAAGACUUCUGGAGUGAGCCUCACACAGAAGGAAAUCAGCCAGCUUUCAGAUGCAGAGGAAAGACUAAACCGAGGGCGGGAAUGUGUAUAUAUGCCUCCCUCUCCUUUCCUCGUGGCCCAGCUCUGUCUGAGUCUAAUAUCCAAUGGUUUCUAAGGCAUCCCCCAUCCCAAGACCCGUCUGCCCUGAAUGAUCAAAAACCAGUGAGGAGCAGGUCCGUGGUCUCCACGGAAAGACCCUCGCCUUCCGAUUCCCGCCCCAGCUCCGUCGUUUUCCAACGCGUCUUUGGCAAAGACCACGUCCUCAUCCCCGCUGUGGGGGAACCAGUACCAGUCUCCACCUCUCUUAAAAUGUAAUUUUAUGUAACAUAAUGUAUACAAAAGAAUUUUGUAAAUCAUAAAGCACCAACAAUUUCAAGACUCUGCAUCGGCUCGUGUGUCCUAUGACCGGUAAGGAAGUGCUUCCGCACAGCCAGGGA